CUGUGUUGUUGUUGAGUUUGUUGUGAUGCUUCGAAUGUCAUUUAAUUUUUUUUCACCCAAGCAAAGUUUAAAACUUUUAACAGUCUUUUUUCUCAAGAGGAAAUAACGCAGUCUUUAAGUCGACGCCCUGUGAUAAACGUGUAUCUGAUGAGGAGGUCGCAGCUGAGGAAGUAAAUGCGUCUCAGCUUGUUUCUAAGAACAUCUUGACUAAAGCAGUUAAAUUGUGUGUUUUUUGCUUUACUUAUUAUCAUAUUAAAGAUUUUCAGUCUAAAAUGACCUGAUGUCAUCCUGUUGUGAGGCGAACGCUGUGGAUCGUUAGGAUCUGUAGGUGGGGAAGUGAUCACAUCUGCUUGAUUAAAUGCCUUGUUGAGUGUCAGUGCAGUUGCUGGAGGUGGAGCUCGUUGUAAUUACUGUGAGAUGCGAGACCGACUAUAUGAGCUGCAGACCUUCUCCAAGGCUGCAGAGGAGGAGCCCGGGCCCGACGCGGACCACGUCCAGACGCCCGAGGACGAGGAGCACCUGGUGCAGCACGCCGUCGUCUUCGAGGGCGAGGACGUGAUGGACGGCAUCUACAGGGAGGCCCAGGUGAUGCGGAAGGAGAUGCUGCUGCUCACAAUGGACGUGAAGCGCCUCGGCAAGCAGAACACCAGGUUCCUCACAUCCGUCAGGAGGAUCAGCAGCAUCAAGAGAGACUCCAACGCCCUGGGGCGGGACAUUAAGGCCAGGGGGGAGGCCAUAUAUGCACGGCUGGACAACCUGGGGAAGCUGAGCAAACAGAUGGAGGAGACGCACGGGCCCACGUCGGCUGUAGCCCGCAUGGUGCGCUCGCAGUACGUGUCCCUGACCAGGACCUUCCACGCGGCCAUGUCCGAGUACAACGAGGCCGAGAUGACCCAGAGGGAGAACUGCAAGACCCGCAUCCAGAGGCAGGCGGAGAUCAUGGGCAAGGAGGUGACCAGGGAGCAGAUAGACGAGAUGAUCGAGACGGGGAAGUGGAACGUCUUCUCCGACAACCUGCUCCUGGAGGGGAAGUCGGCCAGGUCGGCGCUCAGCGAGAUCGAGAACCGGCACAAGGAGCUGCUGGAGCUGGAGGGCCGCAUCCGGGACAUUCAGGAGCUCUUCUUCCAGAUGGCCACGCUGGUGGAGCAGCAGGGCUCCAUGCUGGACAACAUAGAGGCCAACGUCGCGGCUACCGAGGACUAUGUUGUGAAGGCUUCAGGUCAGAUCGGGCAGGCGAUGAAAUACAAGAAGAGCAAUCCGUGCAAGAAGCUCUUCUGCUGCUGCUUCCCGUGCUGCAAGUGAACCAUCGCAAGCGUGCUUCCCUUUGUCGAUUCACAUCAGCUUCCUGCAAAAAGAUGCUUGUAAGACUUUUCUUGGCGUAUCGAUUCGGCCCCAGCGAGGCCUCGUUCUUGUAGCGGCGGCUAAAUUUCACACUCUAGUAUUACUUCUUCAGACGCGGUCUAAAAGUACUUCUAGACUCAUUUCAAAGCGCACAUUCACAUGCGUGUGCUUCAUUUCCUGAUUCUUGCUGAGAACCGAUGUUACUGGUUUGGUCCUUUCAUCUUUUGCGUUGACGUCGGCUUUGUAAUGAUUAGAUAUUUAAGCGAUGUGAGCUUUGAGUGGCCUGUUUCCACACCUGUAACGUAUGUUCACAGCCAAGCUCGAAAAAGGAAGUAAGUCUGUUUCUUAUUACAGCGAUGACUAAACCUUUGUUUAGCAACUCGUCGAGGAGGGCGGCAGAAGUUUGCACAACCGUAUUGUGGUCAUGUAAUUGUCAGAUUGUUGAUCUGAACGGGACGCUGGCGAGGGCAGGGACCGUGUUUGCUCAGUGGGCCCCGUCUCAUUGUCCCGCCGCUGUAGUCGUGAAGCGCCAGAACGCUGCUCGCUGGAUCCCUCUCGGCUUGUGGUGAGGUUUCAGACUCGCUGCCUGCGCCGGGGCGAGCCGACGCUUCCUCAGCAGCGCCGUGUGGUCUGUGGGGGCAUUUACCGGCAGCGUGGCUGGAGUAGUGGCAUCUGCGCCAACGGACUCGUUGCCUAGUCUUGUUUUGAAGGGGACGUGCAUGAACGGCUGGUUAAAGGCGUUGGACCUAAGAUCCAACGGUCAUGAGUCCUCAUGGGUUUGAAUCCCACCUGGUAGAAGAGGCUGGUUUUAGCCCACGAUCAGUUAACUGCUGGUAGAUAGAGAUGAGGCGGCAGAGUUUCCUACUAAUAUGCAACUUUCUGUUCUUGAAAGAUGUUAGGUAACAAUACACUUAAUACAAUUUAGGUGACGCACAGCGGAGUUAUGGAACAGCUGGUAAAGAAGUUUAGAUAGAUAGAUAAGGUAUAAUGAAAGUUAAACCUCCAAAGCUGCUGAAGGCCAGACCCCACAUGCCUCAUGGCUGUCGUCAGGGAACCGGUGGCAGUUUGGUGCCAUCUAGCAGUCAGACAUGAGAAUGUUUUACCCUGGUCCCUAACCUUCCUACAAGAACAAAUGCAAGUGGUCCAACAUUGUUAAUAAUGUUAACCUUUUCUUCUGUCCCCUCACAUGUUCCAGGUCUGAUCUGUUUUGUGCCUUUGUCAGGCUGCACAGCCACCGAGACUGAAACGUUUUCACUAAAUAAACCUUAAGGAGCUCGUA